AUGGCGUUCAAUGGCCACCAGCGAGACGACGAUGAUAUUAUUGACGAAAACGAAACGCCCUCGAAGCAGCCGCGGUCCGACAAGGAGAUGCCCGUUCAUUUCAGAAACGAGCCCAACAGUGAGAGUGCCACUACCGCAGGAAGGGCCACAUCCGACCGGCGGACUUCCCACCUUGGUGGUGGGACCUUCCUUGGCCUGUGUUGCCUGCUGACCGGCUGCUCUACAUUUGAGGAAGCCUUAGAAAUGGCUUCUCAGGGGGAGAGCACUCGUGUGGACAAGCUGGUGCGAGACAUCUAUGGAGGGGACUAUGAGAGGUUUGGGCUGCCAGGCUGGGCUGUGGCCUCAAGUUUCGGCAACAUGAUGUCUAAAGAUAAGAGGGAGUCUGUUUCUAAAGAGGACCUGGCCAGGGCAACACUGGUCACCAUCACCAAUAACAUCGGCUCCAUCACCAGAAUGUGUGCUCUGAAUGAGAACAUCGAGACUGUGUUGUUUGUUGGGAACUUCCUAAGAGUGAACACCCUCUCUAUGAAGCUGUUGGCUUAUGCCAUGGACUACUGGUCUAAAGGUCAGCUCAAGGCACUCUUCCUUCGCCAUGAGGGUUACUUUGGUGCAGUUGGAGCCCUGUUAGAGCUUCUGCAUCCGUCCUAAUCCACCCAAAGAAGUACCUGUCAAUCUGCUGCAAAGACCAUUAGCACUUUAGACUGUUACCAAUUAGUUCCAGUGUGAGAUGUUAUUCCAGCCACCAACCAGUUGCUGGUAAAUCUUGUAAAGUUUGUUAAGUGGUGAAAUUCACUUCUAGGUUUUUCUACACAUCUGCUAUUUUGGUCAGUAGAUGAAAUAAACCGGUUUCCUGCCAUGAAGUUGUACACAGCAAAGCUGACAGUUAUUGUAUGCAGGACUCUGCAGAAAUGAGCCACGUUUAGUCUGAAGCACCUCAAAGAAAUUCACCGGGGUUGCCUGAAACACUUCAUUUAAAAAGUACUUUUCAGCAGGCAGUCCUGUCAUGUUGACUUUCUUUACCCCUCAGUGGGUAUCAGGUUCUUGUCCAAAUAUUUGCUAUCAUUUUUAACUGUAUGUUACCCAAGGUGGGACCAGGUGGAUGGAAGAAGUAAUGAAAGUAUAAUUCGUCAGUGUGAUGUGGCUUAAAUUUUAGAAAAUGACUAUAAAAUCACCAACUUAAUUUCAGACACAAUGUAUUUUAAAUGCUUUCUCUGGCAUUAGAAAAAUUGAGCUUUUUUACAGUUUUGAAUGGAAACAACUGCUGGUUAUUCUUAGAAAAAGAAAGUAUCAGCUUUACCUUAGAAGUUAGUAACUGCUCUCUAAAACUGUAAUGUAAUAAAUGAUGAAUUCAUAAUGAAUUGAGUUUAGUGUUUCUGUUAUUAACCUGAUGGAACUCCCAUCCACCUGGUGGCCUUGAUAAGCUUUAACACUGCAAAAAAUUACAACCAUUUACUGUUUGUUUUUUCUUUUCUGUCUGUUUUAUUAUGUAACAUUUCAAUGUCACUGUUGGAUUUGAAAUGAAAAUAUUUAACAGAAAAGAAAAAUACAUUUCAGGCCACUAUUUUAAGCAGAUCUGUUACUGUUAUAGAUUAUAUAACAUUUCUAUAUGAUUUCUGCCUCAGUGAAGAGUGAUAUAGCACUCUUAAAAAGCUCUUCCCAGUUGAGAUUUCAGUGCUGGUAAUCAAAAACUGUGUUGUGUAUUAGGAUAUCUGCACUGCUGGGUGUCAACUGUUCUUGAACCAGUCUAUUCCUACAGAGAAAUCAGAGCAAUUGAUUAGACAAAUAUUGAUGAAUGAGCAUGUGAAGUACAGGUAAUAGUCGUGGCAUCAUUCGCCUGUAUUUCCCCACAUAAAUAAAACGGGCAUUUUAAAGCAGAAA